AUGCCUUUUCCAGGUACUCCCUCGCCAUUCCGCCUAUCCCGUCGCCAACCGUCUACGCGCCGGAGCGGUCCACAAUUCGCAAACUCUCCCCGCUUCCUCCUCUCGCAGACCACUCCGCAGAAAGGGCAGAAUGACCUCGACAUAGUUGACGAUGAUUAUUCUCCGUCGACCGCCCCUGUAGCGGGCACUCCGGCACCGCGGCGCAAUGACAUUCCACCCCGUUGGAAGAGGGACGUGAUUGAAGAUGGCGAUGAAGAAGAUCUUCCAGGGAUCACAAGCACACAAAAGAAAGGGGGAACGGAAUCGGUGGAUGAUAUUAUCGAUAGUAGUCCACCAAAGGCCCCCGUGACGCCGGGGCCCCUGGACUCCGAGUACGAGGCCCUGUUUGAGCCUGUAGAAGAUGGCCACAAGCGUCGACGUGUAUUGGGACAGCCUUCUCUCACCCAAAAGCUGCAGGAAGGCAUUGGUCAAACAUCCUCUUCACCAGAGGCUCCUAGUCAAUUUGUCGCCCCAGAAACACCUGCUUCUGGCUCUCUUCCACGAACGGGGACACAAAAUCCCAACCUAGAAGCGACUCCAAGGGUGCUACCAAGAGCUUUCGGAUCGACACCGGGACCUACCAGCACCCCCUUCCGGAGUAAACCUCGAUUCAUGCUCUCGGCUAAGAAACCACCAAGCAGCCAGCCUUUACUUGGAACUCAAACACCGGCACCGUCACAACUGACCUCAACGCCUCUCGAAAAGCGCAAACCGACCUUUGUGCUUCCCCGAUCUCCAUCUCCAAAAUCUACCAAAGAUGAUAUUCCCGCGCCAUUUUCGCCUUCGUCGCGUACCUUGCGUCGCCGUGGGAAACAGCGUGCGGGUACAACGAGCUACGUGCCUGGUGGCAUGGCAGCAGAUGUCCGCAGCUGGAUCCUUGAGACGGGAUCUAAGCGAGAACAGGCCCUGCAUGGUCGGUCAUUGAAUACCGAUUCCGAAACGAGCUUUUCCGGGGCAUUGAGUCGGUACCUUGUGGCUGUACGGGUUACUAGUGUCAGCCACGCAAUGCUUAGUAGCUGCGGUCCUUUGGCUUUUAUCACAGCAGACACUGUGAACGAUUGCGGGCAGAGAGAAGAGGAGGCCAAUGUUCUCAAUAUCGUCGCUCUUGGACGUCCUAGAUCUAAGCCGCGGUCUUCCUCACGCUCUACUCCGGGCCAGAUUCAAUCGGGGGACUUGCUAGGGUUUCAUCGAGGUUUAGCAUGGGAUAUCGACCUCCAUGACCAUCGGAUUUCCUCAGCCACUACUGAGUUGCAGACCACUAACUCGCAAGUUGAUACACCCGAGAAUUGUAGCAAACGCUGGCUGGUAGCUAUGGAAUGGGACUUAGUGGAGGAAGGUACUUGA